AUAGCCCUUUCAUCCCAGUUCCUCAAGAUCAUUUGAGAAGUGCUUUUAAUUGUCUGUAUGUUCAUGAUUGGGUUAUAAUUUGUGAGAAUGAAGAUAUUUUGUGUAUUUAUUGUCGGUUUAAGUAUUUGCGGAGCUGGUAUUAUUAAAAGGGGUGAAGGAUCCGAAGAUGAUUCAGUAAGUGUUGAGGAUAAUUACAAUGAUGAUUCUGAGGAUUCCUUUGUUUCUGAAGAAACCGUGAAUGAUGAAUCUGUUUUGACUCGACCUGGAGGGUAUCAUAGAGGACAUGGGAACUGGACUGGGAAAAGGAUUGCUAGAUCUGUUGGCAACGGACUUAAUGAGCUUCAGGUGUCUACAAACUGCAGAACUGUUGUAGCGAUCAAUGUGGCUGAUCCUGUCUCCUGUUCUAAGAUUAAGCAGGGGGAGUUACUGAAGUUCGACGCCGUUUAUUCUCCAGGUUGGGGCUCAGUGGUAACUGGAGGUCCUCAUGAGAAGGAGCAUGGUCAGGCUAACCCGGGUCAAUAUCAGGGAUCUGAUCCUAAUUGGUUGGAUCACUAUGGGAACCUGGAUAUAUCAAGUUUACCAGGACGGUGUAGGUAUGAUCCGUACAGGGCUCUCCAGGACCCAACUACUGCUUGUCUCUGUGUUGCUACUCAGGAGACCUGUACCCAGAAUAGAGACGGAUGUUUCUGGUAUGAUGAUAAGAAGACAGGAUACAAGGAAUGUAUUUCUAAAGCAGAGAAGUUUUAUAAUCAACUGUAUGCGCUUCUCAAGAAGAGGGGAAAGAAGUCCUUUGCUAUCAACAUCAAAUAUGGAGCCACAGGAGCAAGGGGUGAACUUCCACUUGGACCCUAUGGUCCUGCCAUCAUCGGAGCUGGAAAUCCUAAUCCUUCUUCAACCAUGGGUAUUUACAAGCAACCUGCCGGGACACAACCUUAUCCUAAACCUGCGUCAUAUGGGCCUCAACCUGACAAUUCCUAUUCUCAGGGGGGAAGUCUUUAUGGCAAAAGUAAUCCGCUCCAGGGUGAAUACAGGACUGAACCUAGCAUGUACCAACCUAACCAAUACCAGACCAACCCGUCAAAUAUGUACCUACCCAACCUGCCAAAUUUGUACCAACCCAACCAGCCCGACAUGUACCAACCCAACCAGCCCAACAUGUACCAGCCCAACAUGUACCAACCCAACCAGCCCAACAUGUACCAACCUGACUUGUACCAGCCAAACAUGUACCAACCUAACCAGCCCAACAUGUACCAACCCAACCAGCCCAACAUGUACCAACCCAACCAGCCCAUUUUAAACCAAAAUCAGGGAAACUGGAGGCUAGAUCAGGGCAUGCAGCAACAAUUUCAAGGUAAUCCAGGCAUGAACUUUGGACCUCCUUAUCAAACUAUGAUGCAAGGAUCUCAGGCUCAGUUUGGUCAAGUUGGUCAAUCUGAUAAUAGGGGACCACAGCAACAACAGUCUGAUUAUAGGGGACCACAGCAACAACAGUCUGAUUAUAGGGGACCACCUCAGUAGCAGCAGCAACAAC